UCCGUUCGUACCAAAUUCAUUCGCAUUAGAGAGCGGGAACUGAGGGCAGUGAAGUUCUUGAGAGCAGAGAAGGUUGAGAAAGAGGCGAUGGCGAGCGCGGAGAAGAGUGACCCAGAGGUGGUUUCUGUGGAGCUUCCAGCGCCGGAUGGAUGGCGUAAGAAGUUUACUCCAAAGCAAGGUGGCACUCCUAAAAGAAAUGAGAUAGUCUUCAUAUCACCAACAGGUGAAGAAAUCAAGAAUAGGCGACAGCUGGAUCAAUAUUUGAGGUCGCAUCCAGGAGGCCCGCCUUCUUCAGAAUUUGAUUGGGGAACUGGUGAUACUCCCAGACGGUCGGCAAGAAUUAGUGAAAAGGUGAAGACACCAGAAGCAGAAAAGCCAAAGAGGGCUAGCAGCUCUGGCUCGCGAAAGAGUACAAAAAGAAAGAAAAAUAUCGAAGAUGAUGGACACAAAGUAGAGGGAGAAGGAUCAGGCUCGCUAAAGGGGACCAAAAGAAAGAAAAGCACUGAAGAUGAUGGACGCAAAGCCGAGGGAGAAGCUUCUGCUGCAGAAGGAGACGGCCCCAAAGAUGUUGAUAUGGAGGGGACUGAAGCCACCGAGCAUAAUAAAUCCAAAGAAGCAGCUUCCGGUGAAGGAAUUCAUUCUUUAGCUGAGCAAGAGUCGGCUGACAAUACGAAGGAAACUGUAGAGCAGGAUGUGGAGCAGUCUGAGGGAAAAGGAACAGAACUUGAACCAGGGAGUGAAGCUAAGGAAAAUCAGAAUGAUACUGAUGUUCCUCCACCAGCUUCUAAUUCUGAUAAGGCUGUUAAGGGUGAUGAGGUUUCUUAUUCUAAAAAGGAUGAAACUGCAGUCUUCAAGAAAGAUGCAGAAAUCUUGUCUGAAAAUGGUGAAGAGAAGAAUAAACAGGUAAAUGUCGCCCCCAAGGAAAAACUUGAGCUAGGGAAAGAAGUUCAGGAAAAUCCAAAUGAUAAUGUUGCUUCUACAGCAGCUUCUGAUUCUGAAAAAGCUGCUUUAAUUGAAAGGGAUGAUAAAGUUUCUGCUCCUGAAAAGGAUGGAGUUUCAGAGAGUGGUGGAAAGGAUGAACAAUUGGAGCCAGGGAAAGAAGUCAAGGAAAAUCUGAAUGUUAUUGAAGUUUCGCCACCAGAUUUUGAUUCUGAAAAAGUUUCUGCUGCAGAGAAGGAUGAAGUUUCAGUUUUCAAGAAAGGCGCAGAAAUCUUGUCGGAGAAUGGCGGAAAAAAAGUUGAAGUGAAUGCUGCCUCAGAGGACAACGUCCUCCAUAACAAUGAUGAUGGUAAGACGCAGUUCGAAUCUUUUCCUUCCAAUUCGUAAAACCAAAAUAAUCGUGUUUAUGCUUAGAUGCUACAGUUUCAUCUGUAAACUUUUAUUUGUAGACAUGGAAUUCAAUGUGUAUUAGAAGAAUAGGUUAAUAUUUAGUGUUAUCCUGUAUCAUGUUUCUCACCUGCCUUCAUUUACAUUCAGUUAUCCGUUACUGAUAUCUGUAAGUAACAAAAACUCAUCAAAUCUUCAAGUUUGUAGCCGUCCCUAACAAUGUGUGUAAAUCACUAUGAAGUUUAGCUUAGAAUAUUGUAUUAUUAUUAGUA